UGUCAUUUAUGAAAGAAAUUGGAUAUUUUAAUAUAAAAAACCGUUAUUUAAUAUAUCCAAUGUUAUUUAAAAGAAUGUUUACAAGCAAUCGUUUGUUUACACACUUACAUAAUGAAUAAUUGUCGUAAAGUGACAGUGUGUAUUAGUUAUGUUAUUUGUUUCAGAAUUGAUGUUCUGAUUAAAUUAUGAAUGAUUGCAGAUAGUAGCAAAGUGGCUAUUGAUUUUAAUAUAUCUUUUUAAAAAUAUGUUUAAUCCUAUACAAAUAAAACACGAGUGUAUAGAAAUAGAAGAUAUUAAUUAUAAUGGAAGGAAUAUUGGUUCAAACAUUUCCAAAUAUCCAACAUUCACUGAUGAAGAUGCAGAUUAUAAGUAUAAUCAAUUACCAUUAUUUUGGGAUCAUACACCAAAUGAAAUAAGACCAAAAACAGAAAUUUAUGGCCAACAAAGUUUAUUUCAAACAGAAGAAGGUGGUUCAUUAACACAUAUGAAAGAUUGUAUACAAAAUGGUACAUUAUUCCAAAUUAACCAGGAAAGAAGUUCAAAUCACAAUCAAAUGAGUCAACAAUCCUAUAUGGAUAUGAUUCAGAAAGAACAACAAUCUCAGUUUUCUCAAAGUAUACAACAAACAAAACAUACAAAUCAAAUAUUAACUACUUCAGAGCCUAUAUUAUCAAUAAAACCUAACCGUUCUGGAAGACCACCUAAAAAUUCUUUAGAAACAAAUACGCAAAAAAGAUUUAAAUGUCAAUGUGAAAUAUGUUUCAAAGAAUUUGGACAUAAGAGUAAUUUAUUUAUACACAUGAGGACCCACAAUGGAGAAAGGCCUUAUAAAUGCAAUCAAUGUGAAAAAUGUUUUACUCAUAGUGGAAAUUUAGCUAUUCAUAUGAGAACACAUUCUGGUGAAAGACCUUAUGGUUGUCAAAUAUGUGGAAAAAUGUUUAGUCACAGUGGAAAUUUGUCAACACAUUUAAGAACUCAUUCAGGUGUGAAACCUUAUAAAUGUAGUGUAUGUGGUAAAGAAUUUAGACAUAGUGGAAAUUUAUCAAUACAUGAAAGGAUACAUUCUGGUAUUAAACCAUUUCAGUGUAAAGUUUGUGGAAAAGAUUUUUAUCACAGUGGAAAUUUAACAACUCAUAUGAAAAAACAUACUAUAAAUAUCAGCACUUGUGUUAAUCAGUGUGAAAAUAAUGAGAAACAAGCAAUUUAUACUACAGUCAAUCUUAAUAAUACAACCCCUUUAAAUUCAUUUGAUAACUUAUCAUUGACUCAGACCACUGAUACUAAUAUAAUGUCUAGUACAAACAAUAUUGUUCCUAUAAAAAAUGAAAGUAAUAAUGAAAUGAGUACACUUGGUAUAUUAACACCAACAUUAACUUAAAUAUGUAUUAAGUAAAUAUUGAAAUACCUUAAUGCUAAUACAACUUAUGAUAAAAA